CUUGAAACGUCGCGAGUGGUGGCAUCAUGGACGAGUUUGCUGAUCUCAAAGAUGGCAGUGGCGAGUGGCAAAACAUCCAAAGUGUACUGCGAAGUACGUUCCAAGUGCUGUUGGAAUCCAAAGUCCGACAAGAGCGUCGAGUGGCGCAGCUAGAACAAAAGAUGGAGGAAUUGCAGCUACAAGUCGACCAAAAGGCAGACAAGGCAUAUGUGCAGCGAUCCAUCAUCCAGCCUCACGUUCCGUCCUCAGACUACGACACCAAUAAUCCAUCUACAAGAGAUGGCGGUAGUAGUGGAGUGAAUAGCACGGCCAAGACUGUCCAAGUGAUGCAACGACAGCUCAUCGAGCUAGAAGCGCGGUUUGCGGCAAUGUCCUCGGUACUACUGUCCAAUUGUCCAUUGUACUCUAUGCCCAUAUACGUCCAAUGUGAAAACGAACGCAUUAUAAUUGGACAGGACUCGGAGCUGUGCCUUGCCACGGAGCGCCGCGUGGAGUACGUCGAAGAGGAACUUCGAUUGAUCGUGCCGAUUAUCGACAAAAAGGCCGACGUGGAGGCCAUCCACUUGUGGCUGGGCCAGGCCAACGACAGCUGGAAACAUGCUAUGAAAAAGAGACUCAAAACCACCUCGUUUGAGCGAGAGGUGCAGAAUUGGCAGGCCAAGCUCGACCAAGUCGAGUGUGCUGGUAGUCUCGAGCACCCCGACACUAAAGCCCAGCUGCACCAGCUGAGCUCGAAACUCCACCAGCACGAAGCCACGCUGGCCCGCCUGGCGUAUUUUAUCCAGAAAAGCCCCGAUCAACAAGUAGCGAUACAGAACUCGAUGGCAGACCUGGAAACCAAGCUGCAGAACACCAUCGUGAUGAUACAAGCGAAGCAACACAUCAAUAACGACGUACUAUCCCCGGCGGGUGAGCUAGGGGAGCCAAACGACAAGUUGGAAACAACGGGGUCCAUCGCUGCUAUGGCCACGAAAAUCCAAGCCCUGGAGACUCAAGUUGAAACGGUUGCCCAGCGUGGAGUUGCUACGUCCAGUGACCAGGAAAACUUGGUACUUCCCCAACUUGUAGUAGCACUCCAAGUAAUACAGACUCGUCGUGACCACCCAUCCACCCCCCCAGGCGCGGGUAGAGCAAAAGGUGCACCAGUUGACCGAGAUCCUGCAUGGGUUUGUCUCGUACGUGUAUAUAUUAUUAGUAUAUCUGACGGGUUGAUGCGUUUAUAACUACUGGAAGGGACGUUCAAAUCGAAUUGGAGCACAUGCAGCACAAGACCGACUCGGUGAACCAGUUGGACCAGAGAAUCCAUCACGUGGAUGCCAAGGUCUGCCAAGUGAACACGACCGUGCAGGAACUCAUCAGUGCAAUGUCUCUACUCGCGAAUCACUUGCCCGACCCAUCUCUUUCCCCUCCUUCCCCUGCAGAGCCCCCGGUGUUGCUGGGGGAUGAAACCGCCCAACUCGUGGAGCUCGAGGCUUUGCUGGCGUCGUCCUUGCAGAGUCAUGACAAGAUGAUACUGGGACCGCAGAGCCAGCUGGAACUAGUGCGCGACCAGCUAUCCGCCACGCUAAAUGACUCGUCGACCUCUUCUCUACGUGGCUUGCACCAAAUGAUGUUGCAUCCGGUGUCUCAGCCAUCGGACGGAGUUUCACAUGCAUUAGCGGCCACAUUAGCCCAUCUCAACCAUGACCAAUCCCAACGGGCUGUGGAGGCUCCAUGAAGGUGUAUACUUUCCAUGUGUCCGUAUUCCUUGGUUUACUAUUUCUGUACUGUAGUACAGUUAAUCCUGGAGAUUUUGCAUGUACUAUUAAGAGGACAAUGUACCGUAUCCGGACAUUAUCCGGAUUUAUUUAGUUUUCUAACUGUAACCUGCCAAUUUUCA